AUGGCUGGCGUGCCCCGAGGAACGUGCUGUGUGGGGCCUGGUGGGCUCAGCUCGCCAGCCCCGGUUGUUCGCCUAAUCCCAUCGGUCAAGGACCAAGAAGAGAUGGUGAACGUUCCCAAGGAGAGGAGGACCUACUGCAAGGACAAGAGGUGCAACAAGCACACGGUGCACAAGGUCACCCAGUACAAGUCCGGCAAAGCCUCCAACUUCGCCCAGGGUAAGCGUCGGUAUGACCACAAGCAGAGGGGUUUCGGUGGACAGACCAAGCCCAUCUUCCACAAGAAGGCCAAGACCACCAAGAAGGUGACCCUUCGGCUGGAGUGCAAGCUGUGCAAGGCCAAGAAGCAGCUCGUCAUCGCCCGCUGCAAGCACUUCGAGCUCGGCGAGAAGAAGCAGGCCACCGGCCACCAGUACUGAGCAGCCCGACCUCUUUGUCGCCGAAAUGCGAGUCGGACCGGAAGGGGGGGCUGGGGGGAGCGUGCCUUUUUUUGGAGGGGAGCGGGUUGUCGUUGUGUGUUGCUGGUGUUUUUUCGCUAGAACGUCGUCUUCGCGGCCGUGUGGGAUCUGGCGCGGCUGAUUCUUUUGCCGGGCUUUGAACCACCCACACGUGUCAUGUGUUAGCGGUUACUACAACUCCCGCUGUUAAUCCAAGGCACUUCCUCUUCGAGUCAUUUUUUUGGUGGCGGCGUGGACGGGUACGGACACCUUCCAUACCUUGGUGGCGUCUCUGCGAACGCAGGGCUGAUUU